CGCCCAUGCCUGGACCUUUUGAUCGCCCUCCUCUGUCGAGCAAUCGGCCUCUCCAAUACCAGAAUUACUCGUCCUAGGAUCUUGAUCCGAAGCCAGCUGUCCAUGAUACAUGUUAUGCGGCUCAGGCGUACGGCGCCGUGCGCCCACCACCCCCACCGUCAAUGCCAUGGAGCCAACAAGUUCUUCUCGACCCGACCGCAACGAUUAAGCAAGAAGUAGAGUCUGCAUCUCCAUACCCCUCUGUCACUAUAUCAGCACAAAAACCCAAGAGAGUGCGGACUACUAGGGCUUGCGAUAGCUGUCGAUAUUCAAGAAGCAGGUGCGAUGGAAAUACACCGUGUGAUUCAUGCGAGAAAAAACACAUUGAGUGCAAGCGGAAAGACUACUUGCUCAAUAAGUUGAAAUCUGAUCAGGUAGCUGCAAUACUGGCUUUUCAGCAGAAGAUAUACGAUGCUGUGUCCGAUCUGGGUACUAAGUUUGAUCGCCAGCAAUCAGCAGGGAGUCACGACUCUUCAGUGCCGGCGCAUCCUUCGACGAAACACUCAUUUUUCUCGUCCAAUAGGUCUACCAAGGCAAGCGAUUCGCAUAGCGACUCGGAAGAUCGAUCAACAUCAUCGCUAACGCCUGCGACCGAUAUACCGACAACUAGCCCUGGCGAGGCUGAUCAGGAGCCCCUGAACACUAUUGUCGAUAAUAUUGACGAUGAAGCUGAGUGGGACUCAAACAUAAUAUGGUUCUAUAUUGGAAAGUACUACGACACGACAUCGUAUACCAAUGGCAUAAUACCGCGUGAGCAGCUGGACCUUAUGGUAAACCAGUUUCUCAUAGACAGAGAUUGUUGGGAUGAGCGCUCCGGCACAGAUAUCAACGUUGCCAUUGUGUUCCUAGUGCUCUCAAUUGGCAAGCUAUAUGCAAAAAGGUCAAGUCUAUCUGUUAGGCCGGGUCAGGAUACAUCAACACAUGGCUUUACAUACUUCAAACUAGGCAAGGACAUGCUGAACAGUUGCUCUCCUAGUCAUGGUAUCGCAAACGCGCGCGCAAAUGCCUUACUUGGUCUCUAUCUUUACCAACUUGGUCGUUUUCCGGCUGCUUUAGGAUACCUAAGCUCAGCUUCUCAGUUUGUUCGCGAUUCAUUGCUUUGGGAAAUUGAACAACUCUAUGAAACGUGGCUUAAGAAUAAGCUAUUAGCAGAGGACCGCAACAUUUUAAUGCUUCAUAUGGUAUGUUUAACUUUAGAAUGUGAGAUCAGUCAAACGAUGCUUGGAGGGUUUUAGGGCACUAGUGUUUAGAAAAGUUUUGCAAUAAUCCAUUGAAAUGGAGACUUCUAAUGUAGACCGGUUCGGCCACCGGCUCAGCAAACCUUUGGUAGUUUCCUAGAUUUCCAUAGAACAGGAUUUGUCAGUAUCUUUACUAGCCAAUGUCCAGCCUGUCCAAAUCUCUCCUUCGGGCAUUGGUGAUCCGUGCGCCUUAAGUUGAUCAAAGCAGCUUGCUAUUCAUCAGCCCUAUCCAACAACUCUUCAUUCCAA